GAUAAUGGCUUCACUCCUCGAGUCAAAAUCUAUGGCUCUUAUGAAGCUGUCCUCGAUGAUCCCGAAGUCGACGCCGUCUAUGUCCCCCUUCCGACUAGUCUUCACCUGCGCUGGGCCGUGCUUGCUGCAGAGAAGAAGAAGCACUUGCUCCUCGAGAAGCCUGUGGCUCUUAAUGUAGCGGAGUUGGACAAGAUACUCGAAGCGUGUGAGUCCAAUGGAGUUCAGUUCAUGGACGGUACCAUGUGGAUGCACAACCCUCGCACGGCCAAGAUGAAGGAGUUUCUUUCCGAUGCAGACCAGUUUGGGCAGCUCAAAUCGGUACACAGCAUUUUUUCUUUUACUGCUGAUGCUGACUUUUUGGCUAAUGAUAUUCGUGUUAAAUCCGACCUUGAUGGCCUUGGUGCUUUGGGAGAUGCCGGGUGGUAUUGUAUUCGUUCAAUCCUUUUUGCUGCUGACUUCGAGCUGCCUAAAAGAGUGAUUGCCUUGCCUAAUCCCGUCUUGAAUGAAUCGGGGGUGAUUUUGUCGUGUGGAGCUUCUCUCUAUUGGGAUGAUGGGAAAGUAGCAACCUUCCAUUGCUCUUUCUUGUCAAACUUGACCAUGGAUAUGACUGCCAUAGGAACAAAUGGGGCAUUACAUGUUAAUGAUUUUAUCAUACCUUACGGAGAGAAGGAGGCCCAUUUCACUACUGGUUCUAAAUCUGGCUUCACCGAACUCGUGACUGGUUGGGAACCAUUACCAAGCAAACACAUCGUCCCAACCGAUCUUCCUCAGGAGGCUCGCAUGGUGAGAGAGUUUUCCCAUUUGGUUAAAGAGAUCAAAGCAAAUGGCUCCAAACCUGAGAAAAAGUGGCCAACCAUCUCUCGGAAGACUCAGCUCGUGGUCGAUGCAGUGAAGGCCUCACUCGAUCGAGGAUCCGAACCCGUCGAAGUAGGGAAGUGAUUCCACUGACCUUUUCAUAUCUUGUUGCUGUAUGAUGCUUUGUAUUGAACUUCAAAUUGUUGGUCUAUGGGUGUGAAGUGGUUGGACCAAGCUUAGCUUCUAUUGAUAUGUAUGAUGUUUAGGCUUGCAUCAAGCUUGGGAAGCUCUGCAUUCAUCAAAGAUUUACUGAAGUCUUGAAGAGCUAAAGACAAUG